AUGGGGGGCAGAUCCGACAACAAGGCUGGCUACUUCGAGAAGCUCAAGACCCUUCUCGAGGGAUACAAGAGCAUCUUCAUCGUCGGCGUCGACAAUGUCAGCUCUCAACAAAUGCACGAGAUCAGACAAUCCCUUCGUGGUGAGGGUGUCGUCUUGAUGGGAAAGAACACCAUGGUCCGUCGUGCCCUCAAGGGCUUCCAAGUCGACACGCCCGAGUACGAGCGUCUCCUGCCAUUCGUCAAGGGCAACGUCGGAUUCGUCUUCACAAACGGUGACCUGAAGACUAUCCGUGACAAGAUCCUCGCCAACAAGGUUGCCGCUCCCGCCAGAGCUGGUGCCGUUGCUCCCGAUGAUGUCUACGUCCCCGCUGGUAACACUGGUAUGGAACCCGGAAAGACCUCUUUCUUCCAGGCUCUCGGUGUCCCAACCAAGAUUGCCCGUGGUACCAUUGAAAUCACCACCGACUUGAAGCUCGUCGAGGCCGGAAGUAAGGUCGGAGCCUCCGAGGCCACCCUACUUAACAUGUUGAACAUCUCUCCCUUCACAUAUGGAAUGGGGAUCUUCCAGGUUUACGACCAAGGCAACACCUUCCCACCCAGUGUUCUCGACAUCGAGGAGUCGCAACUGCUGAAGACGUUCUCCAGCGCCAUCGCUACCAUCGCCGCUAUCUCAUUGGCUGCCAACUUCCCAACUCUUCCAUCUGUUAUGCAUUCUGUUGUUAACAGCUACAAGAAGGUUCUGGCCGUUGCCAUCAGCACUGAUUUCAGCUGGCCCGAGAUUGAGGAGCUCAAGGAUCGCAUUGCCAACCCAGAGGCUUACGCUUCUGCCGCUCCCGCUGCUACCACCGAAGCCGCUCCAGCUGCUGCUGCCGCGGCUGCUCCCGAGGAGGAAGAGGAGGCCGAGGACUCCGCCGACGAGGGUUUCGGAGGCAUGUUCGACUAA